GACACCUGAAACAUUCACUCAAGAGUUUCCUGAAGAAGAACUUUGAUAUUAACAAGAACUUUAAAAGAAAAAUCCAAAGAGCUGUUUACUGGAUUUCCUUCCAUUUUCUCCUGUGGGGAAGGUUUUAGUGUAUUUUUAGAACCUGCUGUGAUCCAGCUUAACCACAUUUCGCUGUGUGUGCUUUGUACGUCGCCUCCAUCGUCCCUUUUUUCUCACAAUCAGCUGGGGCCAAAGAGGAUUUAACGAAGGAGUUACAUGCGUGUUUCCAUGGUGACGGUGCAUUUCCCAGAGCCUUUGAAGGACUGAAGGUUAUCACUGAACAUCCGGCAAACUCAAAAGCCCAGCUCUCUUCACCAAUGAGCAGUCAAAACAACGGCAAGGGAGCGGACCCUCCAGCUCGGACCAAUAAGAAGACCUUUUUGGAUGAUGUCAUCUUGACCUUUAGUUCGCCGAUGGCCUGGCUGCUGGUUGUGGCUCUGGUCAUCACAUGGUUGGGAGUCGCCAUCGUUCUCUUUGAUCUACUCGACUAUACAACUCUGAAAGGUCUCCCUCCUCCCUCUGCCAUCGCUAAGAGAGGUUUGAAGGCAAGAGGUGGUUUUCGUUCAGUAAAAUCAAGCCCCGCCAGUGUCCCUGUUGAUGUCACAGCUGAGGAGAACACUGAUUGGUUGGAGAUGAUAUGGAGUUUUGCAGCCAAUUUGGUAGCUCCAGAUGGGGAGGAGGAAGGUAUUCACCAGCUAACUGAACCCCUCACAUCUUUCCACUCUGAGGAGCUCUGAAGAGGAGGAGCGUGGAGAGAGGACACGAAUGGACAAGGAUGAAGAGCCGGAGAGAGGAAGAGGGGGGUCGCACUGAAGAAGAGGAGAGGAUGUAAAGGAACAGAGGGAGGAGGAGGAUGUACAGUUUAUCACCGUUAUGUUUCUCUCUGUCUGUCUGUUAACUGGAAUAUGAUGAAUAAAAGCUGAAAAUUAUGAAACCAUGAAAUAAUGUAAUAAAAAACGCAAUUAUGGUCUAAACCAUAUCUGUAUGCUGCACAUUGUUUUUCUGGA